AUGCCCCCUCGCUCCCGAGCUACGUCUAGCCCCAAAAGAGUGAAGGCAAAGUGCAAAGUCGCAGAAUCUGAUAUCACAGCAGUCACUGGGCAAGGAAAGAAGGUGCGGGCAGCAGAUAAAGCUGGUUUGGUGUCGCUGCAGCUAACUUCCGAUAUCAACGCUCCAAUUCGUCGUUCUGGUCGCCCUGGUGCAGGUACAGGUGGAAGGAAUGCUCAACUAGAGAAAGUUGGUGCAGUUCUGGAGGCCCCAACACGGACAAACCUACCUAAGGGCUCCACGACCCUCACACCAAAUAUCUCAGCAAACCCUCUUGCUCCUGAACCACGUCGAAAAGGCCGUGGCCAUCCACCAAAGCCUCCUCCGCCGUAUAGUAUCGCAGACAGUACAGGCUCUGCUGUCGCAAGUUCCCGUAGGAAAGGAAAGAAAGCCAAGACAUCUUCUGCCCCCUACUCACAAGUUGAACCGGGUGUCACUCACGAGCCAAGCCAUGCAUCAUUGCAACCGAGUUUGUCGUUGCGCGAAAUGGGUGGACACUUUGGAUUUCAAAUACCUCAAGGCAACCCACCAAUCGUACCACCUGGAACAGAGCCAGAUCUGCAAGCAAUCAACAAUCCUUAUAUGACAAUGACUAAGAAAGAUGCUGAGAAUCAUGCCCGCAGCGCUGCGCAAAGCCUUACUGGAGGCCAUCAGUCUUCUUCCAGUGGGCCAUCCAAUCUUCUGCGAUCAGUGUCAGCUUUACCGGUAGCUACCUUAGGCUUACCUUCACGUCCUUUGUCCAGUGCGCGGGUCCUUCUGACUUUUUCCGAGGAACAUUUGGAUCCGUCUCUACGAACGGUCAGUUAUGAGCAUAGGACUAACAUCUCCUUGCAACAUCCCAAUUCCGAAGAUUCAAAUACUUCAAGCUCUGAUGAAAGUAGUGCGAGUGGUGAAGAUAGUGAUGAUCCUGCUAAUAUUGAUAAUGCUGGUGAAAGGGAGUUUGGUUGGGCUGAGGUUGGCGGGCGCCAUAGUGCGCACCCAGGUUUUUCUCGGGAACCAGAACCUUCCCCGGUCCAUGCUACCUCCAUUCUUGCUCCCGACUUCGAAUUUCAAUACUCCCGCGACGAUGAUGACAUGAAUGCCAAGCAAGCAUUAGCUUUCAACAGUCCAUUGAGUAAUGAGGGUGCCCCGGAGGGUGCUCAAUGUGCCCCCGAAGUCUCUGAGCUCGGUUCUCAGGUGCGGCAUCAGUCUGUCGACGUAUCUCAAGGUAUUCAGGAAUCUGAUGGCUCUCAGCCUGAAGAUGUAGCUGACGACGUCUUAGAGCUCUUAUGCCAUGUAGCCAGGAAAAAGGAUCUGACGAACGAUGAGGAUCCGGACGACAAGCAGCAACCAGCUAAAGGCAGACAUGGGCCGAAACCCACACAGCUGUCGUUCUACCCAGCCCACUGGAAGAAUUUCCUCGAGGACGCCAAAGGAGUGUGUCGUGCACAACAUGCACUAGAGAACCCGUUCCCAGCUCUUGUUAAGGACUCACCGGGUUCUAUCGCUGAGGCCCUUCUAGCUGUUCUUGUUCAGUGGGAUGAAGCCGGUAAACAAUUUGAACCUGGUUAUUGGCCUGGUCACAAGCCCGAUAUGGCAAAGCUCAUAAGUGUAUUGUCAUUGGCUUUUUCUCGUUAUUUCCUCAUACUUCCUGGCAUCCAGUUAUAUGAAGAUCUCUCGACAUGGCGCUCUGAGCUCAAGAAGAAUGUCGUUGUGAUUGCCUCAACCAUACCUGGUCUCAUGCCCCCGUCAAACAUCCCACCUCAAGAACGUGCUUCGUGGGUAGAAGGUGCAGCUGCCGGGCUAAAGGCGGGCUCGAAGUUUCUAUGCGAUGGUGUGGAUGAACAGGCACUGCAGGGAAAAACGCGAAACUUUGCCAACCCUGUGCUUCGUGAUACCAUCAUCACGUUCAUGUACACUGGCCCAUAUAGAAUUGUUCGAAGACAUCCAGACAUUUUCAGCAAGCAGUUGCCGUUGUCAUGCUUGGCUUUAGUCUGUGCUGCGUUCGUUUGUGUUCUCGAUGGCCUCAUCAAAAACGGCAGUGGACAAUCGUUCCCGAAAUUCACCGCCAAGGAAUAUGGCCUGACCUACAAAUAUGCACUGAAGUCACUCGAACAUAUCAUGAGAGACCCUUAUCAUGGUCCCAAGCUGGUCGAGCAGCUCCAAUCGUGGGCUGAGGCUGGAUGGCAAGGAUAUACUCUCGUCCAAUGA